CUGGAAGCUCCACUACACGGGCCACCGUGAAUCACUUCCGCUUCCGGUUCAAAUUUAGACGAUACCAAUAGCGUUUUUUGGAUUGCUAAUGACGACUAAAUCCGUUAGUUCACCCGACGAUGAAAGUAAACUCUUCCCCUGACCUGUCAGACGCCGGUUGAGUGCACAUUGGAAGAUGCUGGCUGUGUACCUGUUAGCUGCUGGAGGUUUGGCAUUUGUUGUCAUCACCCUGAUGUUAUCAAGGUUAACCAGGUCCAGACAUGGGACAACAGUACGGGACAAGGUUGUCCUGAUCACAGGGGCAGGCUCAGGGCUUGGGGAAGCAUGCGCAGAGGUUUUCUUCCGAGCUGGAGCCAAAGUGAUUCUCUCAUCCCGCAGCAGUGAUAAGCUGGAAGCUGCCAGUAAAAGACUCCAGACCCUAAAUGUUCCUGACGUGACUUACUCCCCUGUGAUACUACCCCUUGACUUGGAGGACUUGGACAGCCUGAGUGACAAGGCUCAACAGGCUGUACAGUGUCACGGCAGAGUGGACAUCCUUAUUAACAAUGCAGGUCUAGGAUACAGAGGUACCUGUCUUGACACCACAACUGCUGUGCAUCAGAAAGUCAUGAAUAUCAACUAUUUUGGGCCCAUCACUCUAACCAGAGGAAUCAUCCAACACAUGGCCCAGAAUGGAGGAGGUCAUGUUGUGAAUAUCAGCAGUUUGCAGGGCAGGAUUGCCAUCCCAUACAGGUCUGCUUAUGCUGCAGCUAAGCAUGCCCUGCAGGCAUACUCAGACACUCUGCGGGCUGAGCUGGCCUCCAAGGGGGUGAAGGUGACAGUGGUGAGUCCUGGGUACAUCACCACACAGCACUCUGUCAAUGCCAUCACAUCAGAUGCAUCCCAAUAUGGAGCUAUGGACACCACCACAGCCAGUGGCAUGGCUCCUGAUACAGUUGCUCACAAGAUUCUACAAGCUGUGGAAAGUGGGGAUAAUGAGCUCAUCCUGGCAAAAUUUACUCACAGGGCAGCAAUUACACUUCGCUGUAUCGCUCCUAGCAUCUACUUUGCCAUCAUGAACUCCAGAGCAAAGAAAGAAGAGGAUAACUACUCCCAUCUGAAACAGAGCUGAUAAUUUUGCACCAUUUCAUUUUGUUCCAGCACAAUGUAUAACAGUAUAAGAACAAUAUGUAGUCAGCAAAGCACAACACAGCAAUUUCAUGAAAGAUGCAAUAUACAUCAGAGUAGCUACUACUUUUUUGGUAUGCUCUAAAUUAGUAAUUGGAGCAAUAAAAUAAAAUGAAAAUUUUUAUACACGAACAGGUAUAAAGAAAUAAUGCAAAGACGCAAUACAAUAAAUAAGCAAUUGUAAAAGUGAACAGAAAUUCUUGGACAUGUGUUAUUCUCAAGUUGAUAGAGAAGAGAUUUAUGUUGUGAGUGUGCAUGUGUUUGUGUGUAUGUGUGUGUGUGUGUGUGUGUGUUUGUAUGUGUAUGUCACACCAAUAGAAUUAUGAAAUGAAAUUCACCUUUCAUCCUGUAUGCAGUAAUUUACAGUGUAUUGGGAUUUUAUAUGUAUAGAUCAGUUAGUCACACAUAUAUCUAUUUCUACCUGAAGAAAAUGUUGCAGUUGUAACCUACUUCUUAUCAUCUUGCUUCUGAGCAUUACUUUGUGAAACAUUGAAUGUUGGAUCUGGAACAAGAGGUUUAAGCUUGGUUACCCAUUAGCCACUAGGCAUGAGAAAGGAACCUCCACAGGAAGUAGCCCAUUAUGUGAUAAGUGUUUUGCACAUUGUUAUUCUUGUGGUAAAAGUGCUAUAUG